AGGACUGUGUUUGGUAAACAAGGUGUGCUGAGGAUUUGAGCAAAUAAACAUUCUCACUGGAUAUAUUUGGAAAGCCAUUUUGAAUAGAGGUGAUAUGCUUGCAAAUAAUUCAGCAAUGUUCUCAGGCUUGUGGGAGCACUCAGUGAAGAGGCUGCUGGAGGCAGGUGAAGGAAUGUCAGAGAAACGAGGAGAGUUAUAAACAGUAGUGAAAAUUCUGCAACCUGGAGAUGUACAGAUGGGCGCCUGCAUCUGUGCCUCAUCGCAAAGUAACCAGGCUACUCACUCACGGAGCUCCCGCUGCUUUUCCUGAUUCAUAUUGUUUUCAGAUGAACUACUUUGUUUUUGAAAGACUUGGUGUCUCCCGAACACUGCAGAUUAUCAGAACCAUAUUGCUUUAUUCACAUCAAGGAUACAUCAUCAUCAGGGGUGGCAGUUAGCAGGAAUACACAGCUGGAGGGACAGGAAGAACUUGGUGAGAGCAAGAGAACAGGAACAGAAGUGAACAGUAAAGCUUUGAAGUUAACAGAGCACUGGAACAGGCUGCCCAAAGAGGUUGUGGAGUCUCCUUAUCUGAAUAUUCAAAACCACAUGGAUGCUUUCCUGCGCAACCUACUGUAGGGAACCUGCUUCAGCAGAGGAGGGGUUGUCCUGAUGAUCUCCAGAGUUCCCUUCCAACCCCUGUGACUCUGUGACUGCAGGACUGUGUGAAGACUGUGUUAGAAAUGGGCUGGAGAUAAGUAGAGAGGCAAAAGAGAAGUAGUUUUUAACCAGGAAGGCAAAUUAUUAGCCUGUGAGAACAAACUUUUCACAAGCAUCUUGGAAUUCUAAUGUUCACAUACCUGCCUGUAACUAUCAGGUCUGCUGUGCUUACUGGAGGACAUUUGAAAGUGGUGUGCUCUACAGUAAAGCCCAGCUGUUGUUCAUGGUCUUAAUUCUGAAUCUGAAAAUUCCUACCUUGGUGAGCUGGAUAACCACUUAUUUCUUCCAAGAGGUAAAGUGACGACAGCUAUCUCGACCUAAGAAGGGAACAUUGCAAGCCACCCCACAACCUGGUCUCUACCCCUGCCUGAGUUGAAAUGGACUUCAUCUUCUGGGAGUGAUUCACAUAAAGGAACACACAAGCAGCAGCCAAUGUGUGUACCUAGAGGUGGACUUUUCAUGAGAAACACUGUUCAGGAGCACAGUGCGUUUCGGUUUGCUGUGCAGUUAUACAACACAAACCAAAACACCACCGAAAAGCCCUUCCAUCUGAACUACCACGUAGAUCACUUGGAUUCUUCCAACAGUUUUUCAGUGACAAAUGCUUUCUGCUCACAGUUUUCCAGAGGAGUUUAUGCCAUAUUUGGAUUCUAUGACCAGAUGUCAAUGAACACACUGACGUCAUUUUGUGGAGCCCUUCACACGUCCUUCAUCACACCCAGCUUCCCAACAGAUGCAGAUGUGCAGUUUGUCAUCCAGAUGCGGCCAGCAUUAAAAGGAGCCAUCUUGAGUCUCUUGACCUAUUACAAGUGGGAAAAGUUUGUGUACCUCUAUGACACAGAACGGGGAUUUUCCAUUCUCCAGGCAAUUAUGGAAGCAGCAGUUCAAAACAACUGGCAGGUGACAGCCAGAUCUGUAGGAAGCAUAAAGGAUGUUCAAGAAUUCAGAAGAAUUAUAGAGGAAAUGGACAGGCGACAAGAGAAAAGAUACUUAAUUGACUGUGAAGUAGACAGAAUAAACACCAUUUUGGAACAGGUUGUAAUCCUUGGCAAACAUUCCAGAGGAUAUCACUACAUGCUAGCAAACCUGGGUUUUACAGACAUUGUUUUGGAGAGGGUGAUGCAUGGAGGUGCCAAUAUUACUGGAUUCCAGAUAGUUAAUAAUGAAAACCCAAUGGUUCAGCAGUUUCUACAACGCUGGGUGAGGCUCGAUGAAAGAGAAUUCCCGGAAGCCAAAAACUCACCAUUGAAGUAUACAUCUGCCCUGACCCACGAUGCAGUCCUAGUCAUAGCAGAGGCUUUCCGUUACCUCCGAAGGCAACGUGUGGAUGUCUCCAGGAGAGGUAGUGCUGGAGACUGCCUGGCCAACCCUGCAGUACCAUGGAGCCAAGGAAUUGAUAUAGAAAGAGCGCUGAAAAUGGUGCAAGUUCAAGGAAUGACAGGGAAUAUCCAAUUUGAUACUUAUGGGCGGAGAACAAAUUACACAAUUGAUGUGUAUGAAAUGAAAGCUUCUGGAUCAAGAAAGGCUGGAUAUUGGAAUGAAUAUGAAAGAUUUGUGCCAACAUUAGAUCAGCUGCCUUCUAAUGACACUUCAUCUGUGGAGAACAGAACUAUAGUAGUCACUACCAUCCUGGAAUCACCAUAUGUAAUGUAUAAGAAAAACCAUGAACAACUAGAAGGGAAUGAGAGAUAUGAAGGAUAUUGUGUAGACUUAGCUUCUGAAAUAGCAAAACAUGUUGGAAUAAAAUACAAACUGUCAAUUGUUGGAGAUGGGAAAUAUGGAGCUAGGGACCCUGAGACUAAGAUAUGGAAUGGCAUGGUGGGUGAACUGGUCUAUGGGAGAGCAGAUAUAGCUGUUGCCCCCCUCACCAUAACACUGGUGCGAGAAGAAGUCAUAGACUUUUCCAAACCUUUUAUGAGCCUGGGAAUCUCCAUCAUGAUCAAGAAGCCUCAGAAAUCUAAACCGGGCGUAUUCUCUUUCUUGGAUCCUUUGGCUUAUGAAAUUUGGAUGUGUAUAGUCUUUGCUUACAUUGGCGUCAGCGUAGUUCUUUUCCUAGUCAGCAGAUUCAGCCCUUAUGAAUGGCACUUGGAAGACGGCAGUGAAGAACCACGUGACCCUCAGAAUCCUCCUGAUCCUCCCAAUGAGUUUGGAAUAUUUAACAGCCUUUGGUUUUCCCUGGGUGCCUUUAUGCAGCAAGGAUGCGAUAUUUCUCCAAGAUCUCUCUCAGGGCGAAUUGUUGGAGGAGUCUGGUGGUUCUUCACUCUCAUCAUUAUCUCUUCCUACACUGCUAAUCUUGCUGCCUUCCUUACGGUGGAAAGGAUGGUGUCUCCCAUAGAGAGCGCAGAGGAUCUGGCUAAACAAACCGAGAUAGCCUAUGGCACUUUGGAUUCAGGCUCAACCAAAGAAUUCUUUAGAAGAUCAAAAAUUGCCGUCUAUGAGAAAAUGUGGUCUUACAUGAAGUCAGCUGAGCCCUCCGUGUUCACCAAAACCACAGCGGACGGGGUGGCGAGGGUGCGCAAGUCUAAGGGGAAGUUUGCCUUCCUGCUGGAGUCCACCAUGAACGAGUACAUCGAGCAGCGGAAGCCCUGUGACACCAUGAAAGUGGGAGGGAACCUGGAUUCCAAAGGCUACGGGGUAGCCACCCCCAAAGGCUCAGCAUUAAGAACUCCUGUAAACCUUGCAGUAUUGAAACUCAGUGAACAAGGCAUCUUAGACAAGCUGAAAAACAAAUGGUGGUACGAUAAGGGUGAAUGUGGAGCCAAGGACUCCGGAAGUAAGGACAAGACCAGUGCUCUGAGCCUGAGCAAUGUGGCUGGGGUUUUCUAUAUUCUUGUCGGAGGCCUCGGGCUCGCCAUGAUGGUGGCUUUAAUCGAAUUUUGUUACAAGUCUCGGGCAGAGUCCAAGCGAAUGAAACUCACCAAGAACACUCAAAACUUUAAACCCGCUCCCACCACCAAUACCCAGAAUUACGCUACGUACAGAGAAGGCUACAACGUGUAUGGCACAGAAAGCGUGAAAAUCUAGGGAUCCUCGCUCUGACAGCGUGCAGGAGGAGAAGCAGCAGAGAAUGUGGCUACUUCAUGGAUUCGGACCACCUGAGCCAGUCGCACUCUAGCCGAGGUGUCAGGUAUGACACGCAUUGAUGAUGGUGCAAUGAACUUUUAAAUAGGAAAAACUGAUUUUUUUCCUUCAGUGCCUUAUGGAAGACUCUGAGACUCACAACAAUGCAAACCAUCACUGAAAUAUUCUUGCUUUGCUUGAAAAAAAAAAGAAAAAGAAAAA